CCCUCCCGGAAGCGCCGGCGGAGCGUCCUCGCAUGGAGCGCGAGUGGAGCGACUCGGAGGCCGCCCCUGCUGCGGCCGCGCUCUUUGCCUGGGGUGCAAAUAGCUAUGGACAACUUGGCCUUGGCCACAAGGAAGACGUACUUUUGCCCCAGCAACUGAGUGACUUCUGUAAACCUGGAUGUGUCAAGAGGAUCACGGGAGGUGGGGGCCACUCUGCUAUUGUUACAGAUGAAGGGGACCUUUUUGUUUGUGGCCUGAACAAAGAUGGGCAACUGGGGCUCGGUCACACAGAGGAUGUCCUGUAUUUUACCCCCUGCAAAUCCCUCCUUGGCUGUCCUGUCCAGCAGGUGGCCUGUGGCUGGGAUUUUACCAUUAUACUUACAGAAAAUGGUCAAGUUCUGUCAUGUGGAUCCAACUCCUUUGGCCAAUUAGGAGUUCCUCACGGGCCUCGGAGGUGUGUGUUUCCCCAGGCCGUUGAGCUCCUGAGAGAGAUGGUUGUUAGUAUUGCUGCUGGACUGAGGCAUGCGUUAGCUGCAACAGCUAGUGGCCUUGUGUACCAGUGGGGAACUGGUUUGGCAUCGUCUGGACGGCGGUUGUGCCCUGGGCAGACUCUCCCAUUGUUUUUGACAGCAAAGGAACCGAACAGAGUGACAGGCCUAGAGAAUUCUCAAGCAAUAUGUGUUCUUGCUGGCUCAGAUCACUCUGCUUCACUGACAGAUGCAGGAGAGCUGUAUGUUUGGGGAAGCAACAAGCAUGGGCAACUGGCUUCCCAGGCUGCUUUCCUCCCUGUGCCCCAGAAAAUAGAAGCACAUUGUUUUCAGAAUGAAAAGGUCACUGCUGUCUGGAGUGGGUGGACACACCUGGUUGCUCAGACAGAAACUGGCAAGGUGUUUACCUGGGGCCGAGCAGACUAUGGUCAACUAGGGAGGACAUUGGAGUCUCAUGAAGGCUGGAAACCGGAGAAGCAGGAUUCAUCCCUCCCUUGCUCCAGGACCUCGAAGAGCACGCCUUCGCCUCUGCAUUGCUUAACGGGAGCAACUGAGGUCUCUUGUGGCUCAGAGCAUAAUCUGGCAGUAAUGGGUGAUCCAAAAUGCUUCGCAUUUUAAUGGAAUAUGGAAUUGGUUUUGCCAAAGUUGAAGAAUGCCUAGAUGGGGUCUCUAAGGCAGCGUUAGUUAAGGAAAAGAGCUCUGGACCAAGAAUUCACAAACCUGGACUCUGCCCGGCCACCAUCUCUCCCUGUGAUUGGGGGUAAGUCACUUCCUAAGCGUGGGCCUCAUGCUGGAAACAACUCUGCACCUUGCUUUUGCACAGAUACCACUUUACAGCUUUCGGAGCAUCUUCACGAUUCACCAUCUCUGUUCCCCACACCAGCCUCAUGAAGUAGGCAGGAUAUAGGUAUGGAAAUGGAUUGUCCCAUUUUGCAGACAGGGUUCAAAGAGGUUAAAUGACUUGCCUACAUUCACACAGAUAGGAGGUGAUAAAGCUAGUACUGAACCCAGGAUCCUUAGUCUGGCUUGUUCUGGGGUCCUCUUUUGAAUGUAGUGAUGUCUGUGAAACUGUAAGGGAGGGAACACACUGGAGUUGGCAGAAAGCUAGUGGGGGGACCCCAGCGGGAAGAACAGUGGCAUAGGAGAGGGGGUGACACCGCCUUCAUGCCCUCAAACCACCAACGCUUUGAAGAGAAAAGGUAUUUGAGUGGCUGCCAUAAACUGAGGGAGGGCUGGUCUCUAGCUACUCAAAGUGUUUUCUCAUGCUAUUGAUUCAAUUCGGAAAACAUUUAUUGAGGCUUUCUUACAGACCAGGUUCUCUACUGGGGGCAGAAUAAAUAAGCACAAGUAUAAUGCAAAGCAGACUGUCUACUUCUAUAAGGAGAAAUAUAAUGAAAGUUUUAUAUUUGAAAUGUAAACAGAGGGCUUUGGAUUUACAGGGGAAGGUACAUGCGAUUAAGUCAUCCUUGGGAGAUGAAGGCAAAUACAGCUGAGCCCUGAAGGAUGAAGCAGGAUUUGACCAUCAGGAGACAGGAGGAAAGGGGUCUCUUCCCAGCUCUUCCUCCUUGCGCUCCUCCGUGCCGCAGCCACCACUGCUCUGGUGUGACAGGACGCCAGCUGCCACGACCUAUUUGCUGUAGGACCUAGCCAGCCCCAGCCCUGGUGGAGCCUCUACCCUCGCUUGUCAGGUUUGAUGCAGUGCCCUGAAGCAUGUGCUACAAAGUGAGAGAGAUUCUACCUGGCAGCUCUGGGAAGGUUUGCAGUGGGAGGGGAGGCAUACAGGGCCCCUGGCAAGGGAUGGCAGGUUGAAAGGAGGCACCUUUUCUAGUGAUGAUACCUCCUAACGGGCUGAGAGGCAGGAGCUAUUGCUUUCCAUGUGUGAUUUUUAGACUGAGAAUGUUUUGUGUCUUUAUUUUAAAACUGGCUUCUCAGUCUCCUGUGCAGUUUUCUGUCAGCUCGUUGCCAUGGAGAAGUCGGUUGGGGCUGAGAGCUCCGUCCCUCUCUGUGUCAGCAUUUCUGGACCUGCCAGCUGCCUCCUGCCCCUUCUACAGAUGGAGCAGCUACGGGACCCCACUUGGUGGUCAGACCCUUUCUCUGCAAGGCCUGGAGCUGCAUCUCGACCCCCUUUGGGAGAGGAGUGUCUUUUAUCUGUGCAUCGACUCGGCACCUCUCCUUGAGUGCCUUCAUGUGCCAGGCAUCAGGCUGUGCUCUGCAAGUACAAAGGUGACGGUGGCUGGAGGCACACUCAUCUUCAGGCAGGCCCCACCCGCAUGUUGUCACACCAUCCCUGUUCACCAGCCUCACUCUUACUUCAGAAUUUAAAGGACUGGGUUUGUUUCUCUUCCAACCUUGAUCACUGCUCAUUUAGAAUCUCCCUGGAAAUUACCAACCAGUCUUUGCACUCCUCGAUCUCAUUUCUUCUCUGUGUCCCCAGCGCCCAGCACUGGCCUGGGGCAGAAAGGAGGCUUACCCAAUAAGUGUCUGUCUAAUGAAAUCCUGUGACCCUGAUGUAUAGUGCAACCUGGUCAAAUCCCUCUCCUUAUCAAGAUCUCAGUUUCCCUCUUUGAAAAAUCCAGGAAUUGGAUUGGGUGAUCUUGAAGGGCUCUUUUUGCUCUAAAAAUCUGAAGACUCAGCUUUAAAAGAAAAAUCUUCCCUCAUCUGCUGCUGCCACCAUCCCCAGUGCCCUGGGCUGGAGGCUGACCUCAGCAUGAACCUUCCUGCCAGCCUCUGGAAGCUGCUUUCCCAGGAAGCUCUGGGCUAGAACACUGGCACUGGAUGCAGAAAUCUCUUUCAGAUAUAAAAGUCCCUUGGAAAGCACCAUCUCUCUUCCCACCCCCAGUCCAGUGGCUGGGCUUGGCUUGCAUCCCAGAACAGUAGAGAAUUGCUGGAAGGAGAGAUUUUUGCUUCUUCACCUUUCUUGCUUCUCCUUAGGACCUGUUGCCUUCAAGAGCCUUUGGCUACUGAGGAUUCUAUUUCCCAGGCUGCCUGCUAUCCAGGGCCCUGCGCUAAGCGCUGAGAAGGAUGCAGAGAUACAGACAUCGUCGUCCCCAUAGGUAGUCUUACCAUCCGCGACAUGGACGGGUGAAGCAAAGCAGGGCUCUGAGGUUCACGGGAGGCUGUCCCCGGAAUCUAGCCAUAGCCCUUUUGUCUUGGGCAAGUUCUUCCCUUCUCCAGACCCAUGUUUCCUCUUCCUGGGACAGCCGAAAGGAUUGGGCCAGUGAUCUCUAAGUUCCCUUCCUGCUCUGAAGGUUCCAUUCUCAGAGCUCAGUGAAGGAGUGAUUACUGUAGACUUUGUAGAGGAAGGAGGAUUUGAGCAGAGCCUUGAAGGCUAGGCUAGGAUUUGGCCUAGCCCCGGAGAGAUGGGGGAGGAGGGUGCAGGAGCACAGGCAGACACUGUGGAGCACAUGGUGAGGGCGGAGCAAGGCAGAGGCCCUCUUCACCAGAGCAGAGGGUCCGGGUGGAUAGCGAGGAGCAAGAGCAAUCCCUGAGGAGGCGGCUCUUGCCUUCCAUCUGAGGGCCCUCGUCCCCAGGGCCUUGGGUACUGGUGGUACUGCAGAACAGAGAAGCAAACAAGGCAGGGUGAAACCAGGGCUCCCCUGCUCCUGGGGGCCCCAGUCUGGUGUAGAAGGACGCCACCAAGAAGACACAGGAUCAAAGCCAGGAGAGGCCACCCGUCUCCAGGUCCUUUCCUGCUCACUCCAGUCAGCAGGUUCUCAUUCAGCAGGACCAAGACUGAGCGUGAAAGGGUAGGCUUUCCUCGGGAGAGCUGCUCUUUGUGGUCUGUUCCUCUCCAGCGUUUUCCUGAACUCAGGGUAACAAGGAUAUUUCAACUGUGUCUUUGUGGUUAGAUUCUAGAAUCAUCUACCAGACCCAUGAUUCAAAGAAUUGCACAUCCUAGACUGGGAUGUGACCCCCAUCCUCCCAGUCUUCUGGCUGCGGCUGUCUGACCCUCUCUCCCCCUGUACCCACAGCUUCGCUGAUGCCAAGUCCUCAUGGCCCUGCCUCCUUGUUUCUCUCCAGCCAUCCCUCUUCUGCAUCCUCCUGUCUCCAAACCUGGUCUCCCUAAAGUUCCUCCUCCACAUUCAGUCUAAAGUGUUUAGAAAAGUGCUCAGCACACUGUAAGGGCUCCAUAAAUGUUAUCUACGUGACGACAGUGAUGGUGAUGAUCGUUAUUAUCCAGAUUUUGCUUCUGAAGCAGAGCUCUGAUUCUGCUACUCUCUUGCGCAGAAGCCUUAGUCAGGAACUUUGAGGAUUAUAUUUCCUGAGCCAUCAACAAUUUUAUGCCUUCUACUUAUCAUUUCAGAUUGACUUCCCUCUACUACUGUUUACACUUCCUCUUCUUUCAGACUGAACCACCACUGUUAACUCUACAAGCUCCAUCUACCGUCUCAACUAGACCUUUGUUCACACUGCACUUCCUACUGGGAAUACCCUUCCUCCCCUCCCCUCUAACUUCCUUCUUCUGCUAGGAAGGCUCUGUUGAUCCCCUAGUUUUGAUGGCAGAUGCCACAAAUAGUCCAUUCAAUAUCCCCGAUGGCACCUAUCACAUAAAACUCUAUAACUGUUUUAUGAAUUCCUGGAAAGACAUGGCUCAGUCCCUAUUUUUAAGCAAGCUAGAGUUUGCAUUAGGGAAGCUCAGUCAUUAAGGCCUGUCCAGCCAGGCCUCGAUGCCUGUAUAUUUUCUAGAGGGUCUAGAAGUUCUCCGGUGCCUGUGGGCAUGUAUUCAGUUUGCCAGUUCCAUGUGGUCAUGAUCCCUUUACGCAAAAUACAAGCAAACUGGCUGGAGAGGGUAGAAACCCAGGGGAACCGUGUCAGCUGUGUAGUUAGCUCCUGCUAGGUUGGGGUAGAGAGCUGCCAUCCAAGGUGCAGGGCCCUGUAUGAUCCUAGGAAUGUCAGUAUCCUCGAGGGCUCAUUCGGGGUCCUCCAAUGGGAGGGCAAGGAUUCUGGCAGAAGAAUCUUAAGGUAACUAUCAUCAGGCAUCCAAAUUCCCAGGGACUCCAGCCAAAGAACAACUUGGGGCACAGAUAAAAGGUUCAGGCCCUUAGGUGGUGGGAUGGCAGCAGAGUCUAGGCAGAGUGUCUGUAUCCUGCCCAGCCAGCUGGAGUUUGACUCAGGCCUCUAGCCCCAGAAGCCCCCAGUUUAGGGCUCACUGGUUCUAUGACUGGACAUUCCUAGCAGGAGUUGGCAGGGAGGCCAACAGGGGGAAAUGGGCUCCUUUUCUGGUCAGGAUUGACUUGGAAGAAGGUGUAACCGCAGUUUGGAAACACCUUCUGGGCUUCAGUUCCCUUAGGCCAGGAAAUCUAGGGGAGGCAGUGGCUGACAAGUCACUGGGCCCAGAGGUGAGUCCUGCCUCCUGGUUCACAAUCUGGCUCACCAAGCCCUUGCCUCCAUUUCAAACACAAGCCAUGAUCAUGCCUCCCUCUGGGCUACCAUUUGAAAAAGCCAAUCUCAGGCUGCCACUUGCUGCCUGUAAAUGGCGUGGAAUUAGGCUAAUCAGUGGCUCUUAAUUCCCCAACAAAUGUGGAUGCUGUGCUAAUUGCCAGGGUCCACGCCGGCAGAUCCCUGGUUGGUGGCAUCAAACAAGAGAAGUGGUAAUUUGGGGGCUGGAGUCGGGGAGGGCCUGCUUUGCUGGCUGAGCCAGUUAAAAACCACAUUACCCCUUGAGCGAGGCACAGUGCAGAGAGCCAGGGCCUGGCCUCCUUCUCAGCCAAGUUGCUGGGUGAGUGGCCCACAAGUGUGUUCGCAGGAGCUAAACCUCAACAUCAGUGGAGCAGUUUUUGGUCCGUUAAUGAGAUUUUGUUGUUGUUGUUC